AAAAUGCGUCGCGACGCUGAUUACUGCUGGAGGUUGGCAGAUUUGUUGUGUUCGUUGUUCAUGCGCCAUCAGCGCCUGUUAUCAUAAAAUUCCAGCACCAUCAUCGAUUGUUCUGUGGGUGUUCUGUGCCAUUCUUUUAAAUCUCGUCCGUGUUCCAGAAUGAAUUAAAAACUUUCAUACUUUAAUUAUGUUUUAAAAGAUUUCCCUUUCAGUGUUAUAAGGUUACUUUUGUACUAUACAAAAGUGGAUGUGACGGAAUUUAAGAAAAGCGAACCAAUUUGAAAGAUGCUGAAACAAGAAAAUCUAGCCGCGAAUUUUUGCGGAUUGCUUUCGAUUGCUGGAAGUAAAGAAAUAGCAAUCGAAUGGCGAAUUUUAGGUAAGGAGCAGGAUGGAACGUUACUAGCUAGUUGGGUUGCUUUCGAUGCAAACAAUCGCGCCGAACAGAAGAACAAAGUUGGAACGUAUUCUCCAAAGCACAAAACCCUGCAGAUAUUGUAUACAUUUCCGGGGAGAGAAAAUGUGAUACAGGCCUCAGUAAAUUUGACCAAGACUCUGCUUCUGUAUACUGUCAAAGAAUUGAAGCAUGAAGAUUCGGGUAGAAAGACGCACAUUUACCGAUGCUUUUUGGUAGAAAUUAAGGAUAAUGAGAAUGUUGAACCUUUCAUGUUAAUGGAAGUUGACCGAAACCAUCAGAUGAUGGCACAAUUUUUGUGGCGAAAUUUGGCAACAUUUGAGAAGAGUCAACAGGAUAAGUUUAUAUUGUUGAUUCACCACGAGCAGGUUCUGGUGUACACUGCCACUUUGAAAAGUAAGUUGGUUGCAGGCAAAGACGAUCUCAUCGGAAGCAGUUCUAAAUUUAACUACACUGACCCGGCUGCUUGGUAUUUCGACAAAUCUUGCCUGAAAAGUGAAACUAUUACCAAAGGCUUUGUAUGGGCACAGUGGGACCCAUCCGUGCAGGCCCUCUAUUACAUUCACAUGAAACCUGCUCCGAAAACAUUGUUUGAAAAAGACGACGGUUCGGCCGAGAAAAAAAUGAAACCCACCUUAUCAGCAUUUCAGUUCCAUGACGAUCUCCGCACUGAAACAGUGUUAAAUAUUCCUUUGAAUCUGCCAAACAUUCCCACCUCCAGCUCGGGUACGGAGGAUAUCUACGAAGACGACACGGUUCCGUUGCGCAUCCACGAUUCAUCCCUCAAUCUCAUCAUCGUUAGUGAUCCAGUCGGAAUGCUGUACGUUUGCCAUUACUAUCUGUAUCAACCGAUCAAACAAUCGGACGAGGAAGCUUCUACGUCGCAGAACAUUUGCGAUGUGCAUUUUGCAUACUCCGUUACAAUACUGCAUCAUGGAUGCGUUAUUCAUUGUAUCAUUCCGGGCAUCCCGUGGGAGAAGGCCAAAUCGAUGAAGCCAACAUUUACACUGCACGGCGAUCACCACAUGCUCGUCUUUCAGGCGGAUCUUUUCAUGCACCUGCUGGAUGUGGGUGUGUCACAUGAACCGUGCUGUCACAUAGUAUGCCCACCGUUCACGAGACAACCGGUGACGCAUUUGGUGCCAUGCUUUGCUACUAACAACAUUUGCUACGACUCGGUCACGCUGGAUCUGAUUUCGAUCACCAUCCCGAAGGGGCAUCUGAUUGAAGCAUUCCGCAAUGAUACUUCAGUGGACAACAGGUUGGCGAUUGUGCACUACUUUUUGGCGCAUUCUAGCGGGGAUAUUGUGGAGAUUUUUUCCGAGCUCCUCGGCAUCAUUAUGGAGCGGCCGCUUCACUUGGACACGGUACCCCUGCUGAAGGAAGCUCUUAUCUCGGGUUCCUAUGCAUCUGCCAAGAAAGGGCUUUCCCAAGACCAACUGGCGCUAUUUCGACUGCUUCCGCUGACCACGUGCAAUACCUCCAAACCUAUACAGGCCAAGGUGUCCAAUCUCAGUGUCGGGCUGUCCCACGAAACUCUCUACAACACAUCGAUGAUGCUGCUUUCACCUCAACAGCGGCUAUCGCCGUAUCGGAAAGACAUCUGGACCUGCCUGUGGGAACGUUUGAACGAUAACAAGGAACGGGCUCGUUUCGCCCAGGAACAGGUAACGGAGAAGCUAAUGUACUCACUCACUUGCUACCAACCGGAGGCACUGUCUCGCUGUACCACCCCAAUGUCUCCGGCGAAUCCGAUCAUGAAUGUUGCAGCCGAGUUUGCUUCUGCCAGUUCGCGGCGAAUGCAGAAUGAUUUAUUACCAUUCAUCGAAACGGAAGCUUGUACCGCUAGCAAACAGGAACUGGUGCUAAAUGUGAACCUGAGGGAGCUUAGCAUGCAUCUAGUGAAGCACAGUGUGAAAGAGGUUAGCGGGUUUCGAUGGCUGAAGAACGCUUUUUAUGAUAGCAAUCCUGCACCAUCACACGUGCAUGCCGUUGCUACGAGGUACGUGGCGGCUCAGUUGGAGCAGUCUCGUGCACUCUGUAUGCUUGUUUGUAAGACUGCCGGACUAGACUUAGUGCUGGAAACCGAAAGAGGAUUUGCUUUGGUAGAUCAACUAACCAGCGCUCAACAGCUGAAGCUAUUCACCGUGCUGGAACGGUACUGCUUGGCUACCGAGUCGCUUGCAUUCCCUUUUCCAUUGGGAUUUUCUUCCUUUUUUACCUACCUGGGCUACCGGGCUUUAACGUUUGACAACUUCAUGCAAUACGUCGAACAUCAUGUUCUCGAGUUGCAGAUCGAUGUUGUCAAAGUAAUAAUAGCCGAUAUUGACGAUUCAUCGGAGGGAAUCCAGCGAAAAUUGAGCCUGCUGAUGAUGCUACCGCGAUCACGUGCCAGGCGGUUACUGAACAACUGGAACCACCCGGUCAGUACGAUGUUGAAGGGAAGGGAACAUGCGAUGAACAUACUUUCUGGAAAUUCGGUUCACCUACGUGGAUACUCGCAGAUCAAGAAGCGAGAGUACAAACCAAAAGCUAACUUGUGCCUUCGUUGCUUAUCAUCGUGUUCACGGUCACGAUCUUCACUCGUCUCAUCUUUGAGUUCCUUAUCGCCACUGUCCACUCGACGGACGGAUUGUACCUGUACGUACGGUCAGCUGAAUGCUAUCAACAUGCAACUAGACUGUCGGGAGCCACCGAACAAAUCCUCAUCGCCCUGUGUUCUGUUCGGGAAUCCAAAGUGGAGCUGUAAUCAGCCGAGCAAACCGUCGAUGCGGUGGAAUUUGAUCAUCAUUUCAAUAAUCAUCGCCGUUUAUGUUGCACUAGCUCUGGUGGUUAUGUUAUCAGCUUACAUUUUUCUAGAUAAACAUUUUAUUUAUUGCAUCUCAAAUUUUUCAAAGUUUGUUAAAACCGUUUUUCAGCAGUAACUUUAAUAUUAAGUU